CCCAGUCUCCGUUUAUGGAGCGCGGUCAUCAUGGCGGACACAAAGCCAAAGUGGCUUGAAAGAAAUGUGUCGGGUGUUUUGCUCGAUAUAUCAGGUGUGCUGUACAAUUCCGGAAAGGAAGGAGGAGAGGUUAUACCCGGCUCAGUGGAAGCUUUGGAAAGACUAAAAGCUGCCGGUUUUAAAGUCCGUUUAUGCACCAACGAGACACAGUGCACACGCGAAGAUCUUGUCAAGAAGCUUGGUCGAUUUGGCUACAAACUAUCUGUCAGUGAAAUGUUUGCUCCAGCUCCUGCAAUGCGAGCAGUUUUACAAAAGCGCGAUCUUCGGCCACAUUUCUUGAUCCACGCUGGAGGACGGCCUGACUUUGAAGGACUUAACUGUGACAAUCCGAACUGUGUUGUCAUUGGUGAUGCAGCAGAGUCGUUCACGUAUGAAAGCAUGAACACUGCAUUCAGAGUGCUACUGGAGAAUCAUACAUUAUUUUCCAUGGGAUACGGAAAAUAUUAUAGAACAGAUGGUCAAUUGGUUCUGGAUGUUGGACCAUUCGCCAAGGCUCUAGAGUAUGCUUGUGACACCAAGGCAGAAAUUGUGGGAAAGCCUUCUGCCUUGUUCUUUACAACAGCCCUUGAGGAUAUGGGUGUGGCUGUCCAAGAUGCGAUAAUGAUUGGAGAUGAUAUACAGAACGAUGUAGGCGGGGCUCAAGCUGCCGGUAUCAGGGGGGUGCAAGUUAGAACAGGGAAAUUCAGACCAGAGGAUGAAAAACACCCAACUGUGAAACCAGAUGGAUUUGUAGACAACUUAGCACAUGCUGUAGGCCAUAUUGUCAAAUAUGGGAAAUAGAAUCAUUAGUUAACAGGCUGUUUUUGCUAGAUUAAAAUAAAUAUUUCAGGUUAGUCAUGACAGUAUAGUAAAACUAUAAUUGAAUAAUUAUACUAUAAUAUGCCUUAGCAGAGCUUACUAUGUACAAACAAUAAGUCAGGCCCUUAGCCAGGGGGGGGGGGGGGUUAAAAGAAUCCCCCACUCGACAGGAAGUUCUGCUCUAAUAAAAGAAAAUCAAGAGAGACUGGUUAGGAACAUUACGUUACCUGAAAUAAAGAUUUGGUGCUUAAUUUCAUUUUAAUUUCUUUUUAAUUCAAUUUUUUUUUAAAACUUCCUUUUAUUGGUGUACAUAUUUAUAUUGAUGUUUCCAUGUUUGUCAUGUUAGCUCACUGUCAUCAUUUUAGAGCUCUACUCUUGAUGGUGUUUCAUUGUUGCAUACAAUAACAAUACCAUAUAAAUGCAAUGAAUGUAAAAUCAAGACUUCAAGUAAAGAUAAAUAGCAGCAGAGAAAACAAACAAGAACAUAUACUUAAAAUAGAAAAGUUUCAAAUAAAUCAAUAUAAAGUGAUUUAUUCCUAA